AUGCACGUUAUGAAGAAGCAGACAAACACCAACACCCCCUCGGUCUCUGUCUCUGGGUCUCAGGCUCAGCCGUCACCUUCUUCCUUCACUUUACCUCUCCAGGCUUACAAGCCUUUCAAAAGACAGCCUCCAGCUCUCCCCCUUUCAUCAGCAGCAGCAGCUGCUGCAACAGCAGCAGCUCCAGCUGCAGCUGCAGCAGCAGCAGCAGCUGCUGCUUCACCGCAGCAGCACCUCGUGCCUCGAUGCGUUUCUCCUCUUCUGCAUCCCCCCAUCAACAACAAAGCAGCUGCAGCAGCAAAGCGGUUCAAUACUUCUGGCUAUCCUCAGGUGCACAGACGCAGCAGAAGCGCCUGUAUUACCCCUUCAGCAGCAAGCAGCAGGGGGGGCCCCAGCAGCAGCAAGAUGUCUAUACACCGCGUGGCUGCAGCAGAAACCCAGGGCUUCUUGCGCGCAAAGAUAGCAGCAAAGGAGCAGCUGUGUUCUGAGGUUAUAGGGGAAAACCAAAAGCUCAUCAGACACCUCGAGGAGACCAAGCUGCAGCACAGACAAACUGUAGAAAAACUCAAAGCGGAGGCCGCCGCCGUGGUGCAGCAGCUGCUGGCUGACACAGCUGUAUACCGAGACACGAACGACAACCUGCUGAGAAAGCUGCACUUGCAGGAGCAGCAAACAGCAAACGAUGCGCUGCGGGCCCGCCAGGCAGAGAGACGCAGCCAGGAGGCGGAGGAGAAACUCUUCGUUUUGAAACGGUAA